UGAGCUUAAAGCCAGGGACGGCCACCCCUUUUCCUCCUCCCCGCCCCCCUGCCAUUGGCUCCGGGGAGAGGUUGACAUCAAAGCCGUGGCCUUAUAUAAGCCAGACCCUGAAGAGGAGGCCGAAGAAGGGUUAAAUAGGUCUCCCGGCGUCGGCGUCCUAGCUCGCGAGAGGCCGGUGGGCUGCGCGUCUGUCUCCAGCCUUGCCCCAGACUCUCCGAAAGCGGCGUCCAGCAGAGCGCCGCCCCAGAGCCCACGGGUGGCCCCGGCAGUCUCUCGGGCGCAUGGGGCGGCGCUAAUCGGGCUGGAGGCGCAGGCCAGGGGCCGCUCCAACAUGAACCUCGUGGGCAGCUACGCACACCAUCACCACCAUCACCACCAUCACCACCCACACCCAACGCACCCCAUGCUACACGAACCCUUCCUCUUCGGCCCGGCCUCGCGCUGUCACCAGGAGCGGCCCUACUUCCAGAGCUGGCUGCUGAGCCCCGCUGACGCUGCCCCAGACUUCCCCGCCGGCGGGCCACCGCCCACAGCCGCGGCGGCCACCGCUGCCUACGGUCCGGACGCCAGGCCCGGCCAGAGCCCCGCGCGGCUGGAGGCGCUCGGCGGCCGGCUGGGCCGGCGGAAAGGCUCGGGACCCAAGAAGGAGCGGAGGCGCACGGAGAGCAUUAACAGCGCGUUCGCAGAGCUGCGCGAGUGCAUCCCCAACGUGCCUGCCGACACCAAGCUCUCCAAGAUCAAGACACUGCGCCUGGCCACCAGCUACAUCGCCUAUCUGAUGGACGUGCUGGCCAAGGACGCUCAGGCCGGCGACCCCGAAGCCUUCAAGGCCGAACUCAAGAAGGCGGAUGGCGGCCGCGAGAGCAAGCGGAAAAGGGAGCUGCAGCAACACGAAGGCUUUCUUCCUGCCCUGGGCCCAGGAGAGAAGAGGAUUAAAGGGCGCACAGGCUGGCCGCAGCAAGUCUGGGCGCUGGAGUUAAACCAGUGAGCUGAGGCCGCGCCGAGGACCCUUUCACCGCUGCCCGACACCCGGAGCCCCGGGAGGAGAGGAAGGCGGCGGCGAGGGCCAGGGUCUGGGUGCCGGGGGCUUAUAAGGGCGCAUCCCGCAGAGCCUCUGCUACGUGCUGGCAGGUCGCUGGCUGCAACAACACACUUGGAUCGCACGUGCAAUGUCAUUUGAAGUUGAUUUUAAUACAUUAAGAGAAAGAGAAAUAUAUAUAUAUAUAUCCACACCCCCCCCCCCCAAACUGAGAGAGUGGCUCUUGGCUGCACAAUGCGGGAGAAAGGGACUGCGGGACUCCAGCGCGCUAAAAAGCACCCUUCCAACCCUCUUGGGGCGAAUUUAGAACCCCCAUGCUUUCUCCACUAUGCCUUCUGGCUCUCUUCCUCGUUCUCCAGUCAGCUUUGCGGCAAAACCCCCCAGGCGCUCUCUUUCCUAAUUAAAAUGCAAUAAGAGGAAUCAAUAGUUUUCUGCCCGGGAAAGAGAACCAAACCAGGAAGAUGGAGGGGUGCCUUUUGUUGUUGUUCUCCUACAAACAGUGCUGUUUUAUUUUAUUUUAUUUUAUUUUAUUGUCGCUGCACUUCCUACUUAGUUUCAAGGGAAACACUUUCUCUCUUUCCUUUCCUUCUCUCCCUUACUUCCUUUCCCUUUCCCUUCCUUUCCUUUCCUUUCCUUCCGUUUCCUUUCCUUUCCUUUCCUUUCCUUUCCUUUCCUUUCCUUUCCUUUCCUUUCCUUCCGUUUCCUUUCCUUUCCUUCUUCUCUCCUUUCCUUCCUUCCUUCCUUCCGUUUCCUUUCCUUUCCUUUCCUUUCCUUUCCUUUCCUUUCCUUUCCUUUCCUUUCCUUCUUCUCUCCUUUCCUUCCUUCCUAAAUAAAAACUUUUCCCUAUGUUGAAAAGUUUUUAUGUAUUUAAACUACCUACCAUGCCUGCUGUGCUCAGGUGUUUAUUACCCCAUCCCUACCCUUUUUCUACCUCAAACCUAUAAGACCACUCACCACCCCCUCCCUUUGCCAAAGCAGUAUCUAUGCUCUUGACGAAUAAAAGAUUUUCUGAAAUCGGA